GUCCUGAGCGCGCUGACGGACUUCCUGAAGGAACCGACGGAGCUCGAGGACUACAUUGGCGACCUCGAGGGCGACAUCGACCCAGAGGCGCUGAUGAAGUGGGCUGACUUCAUCGUGGCCUUGCGGAAGGCCGUGAAGCCCGCGACGAGCUUGACACAG